GGCAUCCAACAUGGUGGAGAAGGUCUAAAACAUUUCAGAAAACCAGUGAAUUUCAGUCGAAAUCAUGGCGAUCAAAGAUGUACUUCACAUUUUUCAUCCUCACUUUCUAAUGAACUUCAUGUUAGCAUCAUGUUUCUUCGUUUUGAAGUCAACCCCUGGGAUAUGCGAUCAGUUAUUUGAAGAUUGCCAUCUGGAAAUUCAAGAGUAUGAAAUGGUUACCUUCUUGGGGUGCAUGAUAGUAAUCAAGAACAGGAAGACAAGUAACUAUCAGAGCUAUCUAUCAACGGUUUUCAUGUUUGCCAAGGCAAUAAGUUUGGUGAUGUUCGUCCGGCAAAAUCCCCUUUAUGGUGUUAUCUAUGGAUUGCUCAUUCUAUUUCAUCUUGCCUUCCUACCUGAGCCAACUUAUUCUGGACCAGAGGAAGUCAAAUAUUUCAAAGGGCCUCACUUAGAUGAAGAACUCGAGAAUGGAGACAAGAGGAUAUCAUGGAUCAUUGAGUUCUAUGCAGCAUGGGCCCCUCCAUGUGUUAACUUUGCUCCAGUGUUUUCGGAACUAUCGCACAAGUACACUCUAGAUAACUUCAAGUUUGGUAAGAUUGAUGCUAGUGCUUAUCCAAAAGUGGCUGAAAAAUAUAAGAUAGAUGUGUCUGCCUGGUCAAAACAGCUCCCAACUCUGGUGCUCUUCAUGAAUGGGAAGGAAAAGUUUAGGCGGCCCAUUGUUGAUAAGAAGGGCAGGGCUAUGAGAUUCGGGUAUUCUAAGGAGCAAGUGAUUAAAGAAAUGCAACUAAAUGAAGUUUUUAACGAGUGCAAAAAGAACCCAUUGCCAAAGAAGAAGAGCAAGAAAGGUUUAGAAGAAAAGGACAAAACGGAAUGAGAUAAUUCGCUGUUCAGAAGCAUCGAAAUGACUGCAUUUAUCUCAAUGUUACUGUUGUUCUGUAGUGGAUGAUAGAUGAUGUCAGUGGAUAGGACAUUGGAGCAUUGAUCAUGAAUCAUGGAUAUUAAGUGUUUGUGGGUCUAUUUACACAUGACGUGUUUCAAACCUGGUUGUUGAUUAAGAUAGAUUAUUGACUGUUCUGGAGACUCGGAUGGAAGCCAUUUAAGUUUCUGAUUUAUGUGAUGUUCUGGACGUAUGGCUGCACUAUGAUUUUUAUGAAGAAACUUUUUGAGUUGAAUAUACUCGACUGAGUGUGGUGUGGUGUAGUGCAUGCAUUUGAGCUGUUAUAAAAGAUGUCCGAUAAGAUUUAAAGGAGAUAUUUUGCUUGUUUGUUCAAUAUACGCUGAAUAGAUUUUCGAAUAAUCAUAUCAUCGCUCAUUUAUAUGUCUAUUCAUGAUUACCUUUAUGUUCAAUGUAUGCUACAGUUUGUCAUGACAAGCUCCAUGUAGACUCUCCAGUUACAGACAGUGUGUGUUGGGAGUGAGACUUACUUUUGUGUCAAUAUGUUAGGGUGAUUUGUUACCUUUUUAAUAAAGAUAAAAGUAAA